AUGGCUAGAGCAGGAGUCUUGGCUGCUGCACUCCUGCUGCUGCUCUCUCUUCAGCUCAUUGCGGCAGCCAGACCGAUUCGACCCGCUGCUAGCGGAGGUGGCGGUGGAGGAGGGGGAGGUGGUGGUGGUGAUGGCGGCAGCUCGGGCUUCGGCCGUGGGUCAGGGUAUGGGUCUGGGUAUGGCAGUGGCGCAGGCUUUGGAAGAGGUGGUGGAGGUGGGGGUGGGGGCGGUGGCGGUGGCGGUGGCGGCAGUGGAGGCUCGGGACGCGGCGGUGGGUCAGGCUAUGGUUAUGGCUCUGGGUAUGGUGCCGGGGAGGAUGGGGGUUUUGGAAGUGGAGGCGGCGGCGGCGGCGGUGGCGGUGGAGGGUCGGGUUACGGUUCCGAUGGCGGUGGGGGCUCUGGGUUCGGUUCGGGGUACGGCUCCGGGUACGGGUCGGGAAGCGGUAUAGGAGGGGGCAGUGGUGGCGGGGGCGGGGGCGGGGGCGGGGGCGGUGGGGUGGGAUAUGGAAGCGGCACGGACGAGUCAGGUUACGGCUACGGUCGUGGAAGUGGAUCGGGAUACGGGUAUGGAAGCGAUGGGGCAGGUGGCGGUGGUGGUGGGGGUGGUGGCGGAGGAGGAGGAGGCGGCGGCUCCGGCGAUGGUUCUGGGUUUGGAAGUGGCUUUGGGUAUGGCGAGGGUUACGGGAUGGGCGGCGGCGGUGGUGGCGGGGGAGGAGGAGGCGGCGGUGGCGGAGGCGGGGGCUUGUCCUAUGGCUUCGGUCCUGGGAUGGGAUUUGGUUACGGGCCUUGGUACGGGUCCGGCUUCGAUUCGGGCUACCGAGGCAGCCGCGUAGGCGGCCGCGAGUAA